GUGAUUUUGCCCGGAGUAACACGUCAGUCUAUACUGGAACUCGCAAGAGAAAUGGGUGGGAUCAAAGUGACGGAGCGCGAUUAUACCAUGAAUGAGUUAAGAAAAGCUGUGAAAGAAAAGAGGGUGUACGAAAUGUUUGGUGCUGGAACAGCUGUCAUAGUAAUCCCAGUGGACACAAUUCUUUAUGAAUGUAAUGGACAAAGUGAAAAGUUGCAAGUUCCUAUGAUGGACAGUGAAAAGUCUAUUAUGCAAAAAGUGUAUAAAACUAUCCAAGGUAUUCAAUACGGACAAAUAUCACGUCCUCAGUGGACUGUGGAGAUUUGA